AUGCCGCCAUCAUUGGACUUCGCCAUGAUUGAUUCCAUGACGGGAACCGCAUUCCAAGGCAAUCCGACUCCAGUCUUCGUCCUUGAUCAUCUGAAAGAAUGGCCAACAGAGCGAACCAUGCAAAUCAUCUCCAGAGAAAUGAAUCAAUCCGAGACAAUCUUCGUGAAAAGGGCGGUGGGUGGCAAAGACCCGUCGUAUUUCACCCGCUCCUUUACUCCGUACGCAGAAGAACCGUUCUGUGGCCAUGGUCUUCUGGCGGCAGCUAUCCUAUUGAUUCGGCCAGAAUCCGCUGAAAAGAUGACCUUUCGAACCGUCGACGGGAUCAUCGUCAAAACACAAGUCGUGGCUGCUGAUCAUUCGGCUUCCCAUAAAGAUGACCUUGGAGAGAAAUGCAGCAUAAAGCUGGAGAUUCCUGCGUUUCCAGUCAAUGAGUGGUUCAAUUCGGACACGAUGCUUCGGUCCCAGAUGGCAGAAUGCCUUGGUCUCCAACCCUCGCAGAUUCUGGCACUGGGAAGGAAUUCAUUGCAUGAUCUAGUCAUCGAACUGGACCCGACAAUAGAUUUCUCCGCGGCCGGGAUGGAAAUCGACGCGGUUGAGCUGAUGAACGCUUCUCCUCCCGGAACACGAAGUCAGAUCAUUACGAGCAGAGGCGGUGGGCAAAGCGCUGAUUUUCUCAAGCGAGUAUUCGCGUAUGGAAGCGAGGAUCAAGCGACAGGCUCGACAUAUUGUGUUUUGAUUCCAUAUUGGUCUUCCAAAUUGAGUCAGUCAUCCUCGUGUAUGAAGGCUAAACAGGUCUCGAAGCGAACUGGCGAGGCAGAAAUAGAGACCGUCACGAGCGACCCGGGACGAACCUUUUCCACGACCUGGGGGAGGUCCGACGCCUUAACCAUCGAAGAUGGCACAUACUCCAAGCUCCCGGGCAUCGACCCAUCACAACUUGAGGUGACCAAAACAAUCACUCCCAAGGCCUUGGUUGCGAACAAAGAUCUUGUUUUUGGGAGAACAUUUACCGACCACAUGCUCUCCAUCGAAUGGACAGCUUCGCAAGGCUGGCUCGUCCCGCGAAUAACACCGUACCAGAAUUUCUCGCUCGACCCCGCGACCUGUGUCUUCCACUACGCCUUCGAAUGCUUCGAGGGCAUGAAAGCCUAUAAAUGCCCGCACGACGACUCUCUCCGCCUAUUCCGUCCAGAGAAAAACAUGGCGCGAUUAAAUAAAUCGGCGGCGCGCAUCGCUCUUCCGACCUUCGACGGCGACAAACUGAUCGAAUUAAUGGGCAAACUGUGCAGGAUGGACGAGCGCUUCAUCGCCUCGGAAAAGGGGUAUUCAUUAUACAUACGGCCCACAUUGAUCGGGACACAGAGAACAUUGGGCGUAGGCCCACCAGGGUCGGCAUUACUCUAUGUCAUCGCCUCGCCCGUGGGCCCGUACUAUCCAACAGGGUUCAAAGCGAUCUCACUAGAAGCGACCGACUACGCGGUGCGCGCCUGGCCAGGAGGAGUCGGGGACAAGAAACUCGGCGCUAACUAUGCACCGUGCGUUGUGCCGCAAUUGAAAGCCGCACAACGCGGCCUCCAUCAGAACCUUUGGCUCUUCGGACCGGAAGAGUACAUCACAGAAGUGGGCACGAUGAACCUGUUCGUGUGUAUGAAGAACAAAGAGACCGGUCACAAGGAACUGGUGACGGCGCCGUUGGACGGGACGAUCCUCGAGGGCGUGACGCGCGACUCUGUCCUGACCCUGGCGCGCGAGCGCCUCGAACCUGAAGGCUGGACUGUCCACGAACGCUACAUGACCAUGGGCGAGCUCGCCGAGGCCGAGAGCGAGGGCAGACUGCUCGAGGUAUUUGGGACCGGAACCGCCGCCAUCGUGGCGCCCGUCCGGAAGAUCGCCUGGAAAGACCGCAUGCUGGACUGUGGCUUGAAAGAGACGGAAGAAGCGGGCGAAAUCGCGCUGAGAAUGAAAGGCUGGAUCGAAGGUAUUCAGUACGGAGAUGAGGAACAUCCUUGGAGUGUGAAGAUUCCGUGA